AUCAGCUUCGAAUCCUUUCUCUCUUUGCAUCAUCUGUAUAGGUAGUAGAAUCUUGGUUGCUAUGUUGUAAGGAUCUAGCUAGAAGAGGCAAUAAGAGGAAGAUACAUGGCGGCUAAGGUCUCCAAUCUUUUACAAAACACACCACAACAGGCAAAGUGCAAGAUAGGAAAUGGAUCAUGUACUGAUUUGAGCUGUGGGCCGUCCAAUGUGAAAGAGCAGCAGGCGCCGGCCGGCUCGGGGCCGUCGGCCGGGAGCGACAAGCCAGGGAGGGGAAAGAUCGAGAUCAAGCGCAUCGAGAACACGACCAACAGGCAGGUCACCUUCUGCAAGCGCCGCAACGGCCUCCUCAAGAAGGCGUACGAGCUCUCGGUGCUCUGCGACGCCGAGAUCGCGCUCAUCGUCUUCUCCAGCCGCGGCCGCCUCUACGAGUACGCCAACAACAGUGUGAAGGCCACCAUUGAGAGGUACAAAAAGGCCAGCAGUGACAGCUCCAACUCUGGCACGGUUGCAGAAGUCAAUGCCCAGUACUACCAGCAGGAGUCCGCCAAGCUGCGCCAGACGAUCAGUAGCUUGCAAAACUCAAACAGUAGGACCUUAGUGGGAGAUGCAAUCAACACCACGAGCCUCAGGGAUCUUAAGCAGCUGGAGGGCAGGCUGGAGAAAGGCAUAGCCAAGAUUAGAGCUAGAAAGAAUGAGCUGUUAGACGCUGAAGUCGAGUAUAUGCUGAAAAGGGAGAUGGAUCUACAGAGUGACAACAUGUACUUGAGGAACAAGGUCACUGAGAACGAGAGGGGUCAGCAGCCGAUGAACAUGCUGGGGGCACCAUCAACAAGUGAACACGAUCACAUGGUCCCAUACGACUCCAGAAACUUCCUGCAAGUGAGCAUCAUGCAUCAGCCUCAUCUUUACUCCCAUCAGCUGCAACCAACGACCCUUCAACUCGGUCAACAGCCCUUCAGUUAGUGUUGCUGGACACACCGCACACAUUAGGUAAAGACACCCACCCAAUCAAACCUGAAUGCGCCCAUCCACGCAGCUGUUAUCAUGUGUCUGAGAUGAAGUAGUUCUAUGCAUGCACAAUAGUAACUGUAUUGUUCAGUGUGAAAUAACUGUAACGUCUGUCCGCACGGCAAGCACUUGUUCAGUGUUAGUUGCUCCACAGCAGCAGCUAGCUAGCUCAUCGCAAGAGGCUUGCCACCGGCCAGUACAAUUGUGCUCAAGUUGUAUUCUGUAAUAUUACUAUCCUGGUACGCCCGCUGAAGUACUCUAAUUUAUGUAAGUUCGAUCAGAUGCUAAACACUAAGGCUUGAUCCAUUAAUUUUGCCUUUC